GUUACUGGGCAGUGGGGUCUUGGAGAGCGGAACCUUGCUGGCGCCCUGGCAUGCCUAGAUGGAUUUAUUAGCCUUGUGCAUCCAGAGGCUUCACUGGACUAUCAAGCAAGGCAACAGAACAGGCUUCACAGUACAAGCAGAGGUCAUCUCACUAAGGGAAUACUUUGUCUGUGACUACUACUAGCAAAAUGUGGAAGAAAGCAUCAAAGGUGACAGAUCAUACAGCAGAAGGCCAAGUGGGCAUCAGGAAGAAGUCCAAAGUGCCUGGUGUGAUGAUCAUGCAGUUUGUGGAGGAAAUUCCAGCAGCAAAGUCUCAUCCAGACUUCACCCGCAAACCCAUCGCUCUGACCAUCCAAGAAGGCAAAUUAGCAGUUUUCAAGGCUAUUGUCAUAGGCGAUCCUAAACCCACAGUCACAUGGGCCAGAAAUAAUGGAGAUGUCUCUGACCCACAGAAAUACCAAACUAAGUUUGAUCCCGUUUCUCACGAACACACACUUGAGAUGCCUAAUGUUUCACCAGAACAAGCUGACACGUACAAAUGUUUUGCUACUAAUGAGUUUGGCAGGGCUUCUGUCACCGUUGUGCUGAACGUCAUUGAAGUGGGAUUCAAAAAGGACAAAGCACAGAGAGCAGCUCAAGCGGAACCAACUGAACUCAAGAUGGCACUGAAGAGAAAAAGUAAAGUGCGUCCAAAAACUGAGCAGAAAAAAGAGGGAGAGAUUGACCCAAAGUUUUGGGAGAUUUUGCUGAGCGCUGAUAAGAAAGACUAUGAGCGCAUCUGUGCUGAAUAUGGAGUGACUGACUUCCGGUGGAUGCUGAAGAAGCUGAAUGAAAUGAAAAGAGAACGAGAGGAAGAGCAAGCGCAGUUUGUCAAAAGCAUUUCCAGCCUGAAGCACAUUGAAGUCAAAGGCGAUGGCACAGCCUCAUUUGAAGUUGAUCUGGACCUUAUAGACCCGAGUAGUAGGAUUUUCAUCUAUAAGGAUGGAGAGAUGAUUGAAUACUCCAAAGACAUGGACUUGGAGAUUAAACACAGCCUGAAACAAGUGGGCAAGAAGUUUGUGUUCACUGUCAGAGACCUCCUCCCUGAUGACGCUGGCCUUUAUCAGAUAGAUGUUGAGGAUGUAAAUAUGUUCUCCACGGAAUUUAAGAUUCCACAGGUGGACUUCUUGGUGAAGAUUCAGGAGGUCAAGGCAAUAGAAAGGGAAGAUGCAGUGUUUGAGUGCGUUCUGUCCAAUCCUUUUUCAAAAAUCCUGUGGGUGGGGAAGAGUGUUCCUCUUGAACAGGGAGAAAAAUACGACAUUACAGUGUCUGAGGACAAGCUCAUUCACAGACUUGUGGUGAAAGACUGUAUGCAGGUAGAUAAGGGCAUCUAUGCUGCUGUGGCUGGAAUCAAAUCUUGUAAUGCCUGGCUGUUAGUGGAAGCUGACAAUGAUCCAAAACUGCAAGGCAAAAAGAAAGCACGAAAAACAACACAGGCUGGAGGAUCAGGCCUUGACCUGGCAAAGAUUGCAGCAGAACAGCAGGCCAAGCUGCAGAAAGAGAGAACGGAGAGGAUUGAGGCUGCUAAAACAGCCAAGGCAGAGAGAGACGCAGCAGGGGGAGGAGCUAGCAGCACUUCUGGACCUGGAUCUGGCACCAGUGCUGGGGAUGGUGGUUCUGGAGCUGAUUUAGGAUUUGGUUCUAGUUCAGGGUUUGGCUCUGGCUCGGGCUCAGGCUCUGGAUCUACACCUGGAUCUGGCUCUCGCUUUGGAGAUCAUGCUGGAGGAGGGAAAGAAACAAGAGGAGACACUUCUAGACGCACUGGGCAUGCUGGGGAUGGACAGACUGGUGUAGCCAGUGAAGGGGCAGGAAAACUGUCAGGAUCAUCAGGACAAUCUACAGGCGGUGGUGUAGGUACUGACACACUACUCAGAGACUCUGGCUUUGAUGGUCAAAUGCACCUGACCAGUGGACUGUCAGAUGUUUAUGCAGCCCGUGGCAAGCCAGCAGAAUUAGUCUGUAAACUCAACAGCAAUGUGGAUGGAGUUUGGUUCAAAGAUGGAGAGAAGCUUUCCUCUAAAGGUGGACUGACUAUAUCCAAAGAUCAGGGUAUUCAUAAACUGACUAUCCAAAGUUGCAAGGAUUCCGACUCAGGCAAAUAUGAGUUUGAAACAAAUGACUAUAAAACCAGUGCUACAGUGACAGUCGGAGAUGCUCCAGAAUUUGACCCUGAUGAACUGCAUAACUUCUCCAAACCUGUGGUAGUGAAAGCAGGCCAAACUGCAUCCUUUAAGAUGAGGUUUCCACCACAAGAUUCUCUGGAGAUCAAGUGGUUCAAGGAUGCUUACGAGCUGAAGGAUGGUGGUGGGGUGAAAGUCGUGAAGGAACCAAAUCACAGUCGCCUUCAAAUAAAAGACUGCCUGGAAUCAGAUGCUGGAGAAAUUAGGAUCCAGCUUAAAAAUCUUUUUGGUACUGUUGAGGCCUUAUCCAGACUAAUUGUGCUUGGCAAGCCAAGUCCACCAAAGGGCCCUGUAGAGGUGUUGGAAAGCACUGACUCUGUAAUCGAACUUAAGUGGAACCCACCAAGUGAUGAUGGUGGCUCAGCAGUAACAAACUACAUAAUUGAGCGUCAGCAGGCAGGCCAAAGUUUGUGGAAAAGGCUGGGGGAUGUCUCAGCAGAUCGAGCAAGCUUUAGGGACAGAAAUGUGUCCCACGGCAAGAGGUACACCUACCGCAUUUAUGCAGAGAAUCCUGAGGGCAUUGGUGACCCGCUGGAGACUGACAACAUCAUGGCUGGCACUUUAAUAUUCCCUGACCCACCAGCUCCUCCUAAGGUGGUCAGCGCAUUUAAGAACUGCAUUAAUCUGGAGUGGACUCCUCCAGCAAAGGAUGGAGGAACAGAACUUCUGGGCUACCUGUUGGAGAAACGCAAGAAAGAUACAAACCAAUGGGUAGCUCUGAACCCUGCCAAUGAGCCCAUUAAAGCGCUGAAAUAUGCUGUGAAGGAGGUGUCUGAAGGAUCAGAGUAUGAGUUUAGAGUGUCAGCCAUUAACGCCUCUGGAGCUGGAGAACCCAGUCGCCCCUCUUUGAUGGUCUGUGCUAAAAAUCCCAACCUGAAACCUUAUUUCAAAGACCCUGAAGACUUCAUGGUUGUUAGAGCAGGAAAUUCUGUCAGAAUCAAAAUCAAUUAUGAGGCUUCUCCACUACCAGAAAUCCAAUGGCUGAAGGAAAAUGAACCUGUAUCUUCAUGGAUCAAUAUUGUCAACGUUGAGGGCACAUCGACUCUCAUCAUACCCAGCUCAAAGCGCUCAGACUCAGGCGUGUACACCAUCGUGGCCAAAAACUCCAGCGGAAAGACUAGUUUUGACAUAGAGGUCAGAGUAACAGAUGAACCCAAGCAACCAGGCCCAGUGGCACUGGAGCAGAUGGUCCAUGGUAAGGUCAUCAUUACAUGGGCUCCUUCACCAGACCAGAAGCUGGAUGACCGGCUGCACUACAUGAUAACAGAGUACGACUCCAACACACGCAUAUGGCGCCCAAUAGCUGAUCGCCUCUUCUGUUUAACUUACACCACCAACGUCCACUCGGGCCGAGAGUACCGCUUCAGAGUCUAUGCCAAAAAUGACAUGGGACUAUCAGAGCCCUCCGAAUCACCAAAAUGGGGCAUCAACAGUUGCAAAGCUUCACAAUUCAAAGCUCUGCCAGCCUUGAUCACAUUUGAGAGACCUCCCUCCAUUCUGGUUCCUUUGAAAGUCCACACUCCACCAAAGGGCUACCAGUGCUACAUGACUUGUGCCAUUCGAGGCUGCCCUGCACCCAACGUCUCAUGGUACCUGAACGGCAUCUGCAUCAACUCUGAUAACCAUUACUACAUUACCAACGUUCAUGGAGUUUGCUCCUUGUACAUCCUCAGAGUGGGACCCAGGGAUGGUGGCGAGUACAAAGUGGUGGCAAUCAACUCAUUUGGGAAAGCAGAGUGUUCUGCCAAACUGAAAGUAAAAGAUUGAUCUUCUGCAUGUGAUACUGGAAGAUAAUAAAGAUGAUUCAUUUAUUUUUCCAACCAGACAAUUCACACACUCACAAAGUGUGCAUAAUCUCUUCUCUGAACAUUUACCUUACCAUUGCAAUAUCUAGUUUAAUACACUGCAGAUGUCUGUUAUAAAUAUGAGUAACUUUUAAUUACACAAUUAAACUUAAUUUGACUUUCUGUUCCUCCAUUCUGGUGUUGGGUGUUUG